ACAAAAAGGAGUCUUGUAGUCUGGUGUUACAGUAAGACAAGAUCAAACUCAGAGUGUAUCGACUCUUACUGAACAAAAAAAAAAAAAAACAAUAACAAAAAAGCUCAUGCACUUUAUUUCGUGGUGUUUGUUUAAAAAUACAAAUCCUAAAAAUAAAUAAACAGGCAGCAUCGAGAACGCGAUCAAUGGCGAUGUGGGAACCGCUUGAGUAAAGCGCAGGGUUUGAACCGCUCUCUUUGAUGGAGUUUUACGCUGUCCACAAUGCCUUGGAUGGGAUUUUUACUCCGCAGCUGGAUGGCACACCGGCGGAUCGCUACCGUUUGACCGGGACACCGUUCAGCUUCCAGAUCGCGACCGAGCGACCGGGACGAUCCGGUCUGGACGCGAAGCUUGGAGGGGCAUCUGGAGGCAGAAACGCACCGCUCUGAGGACUGUGAUUCUUUUUUUGUUUGUGUGUGUGUGUGUGUGUAAGUGUUAAACCUCGUGUCCCUGCCCUGCAAACGUAAUUGCAGACAGGCAUGCAGCUGAACCGGCCCAGGAGCGCGCUGAUCGGCUUCAGCCCGCCGCCGCCGCCGCCGCCGCCGCCAUCCGACCCGUCCUCCUUCUCCAGCCAGUUCAAGACGAUGCGCUUUUCCUACCACCUCAGCCCGCAGCCCGGAUCCCGCAGAACCGGCCCGUCCACAUCCAGUCCUCGGCUCCUUACUAAGAGUCUGUCUCUGGAGCCAGGCCCGUGUCCAGGAGCACAUGAAGCUCCUCAGCGUCUCUGUUCGGACCCUGGACCCCUGGGACUGCAGCAUUGUAAUGGCACAAGUGACAACGAGCCUCAAAACCCCCCGCCUUUACCACCUAAAACACGACCGCCAUUACCCGGACCCAAACCACAAGUGCCCCCGAAGCCACCGCAUCUCCAACAGCAGAGCGGCCGCCGACCCCGGCCCCCGGAUAAACCCCUGCCCCCGCCUCCGUCCCGCCCGCUCCCUGCAGACCCCCGCCAAUCACGGACAGGCCUGCCACGUGCCGAGGGAAGCUCCUCCCCAACGUGCGUGCUGUCACUCAUCGAGAGAUUUGAGAGGGAGCAAAUCAUCAUGGUGCCUGAUAUCACUGGGGGAGUGAUGUGUAUGCCGAAGGCACCUGAACCUCAGCCCGCUACGGAUGCUGCGGAGGCUACAGACGCUACUGACGCUACGGACGAUAUUUUACCCUGUACUUCUUUCAGCGAGCCAAUGGAGCCUCUUUCGGGCGAGAAGGACCAGGACAAAGAAGCAGAGGAAGAGCAGGAAAAAGAGGAGGCGGUCAAAGAGGACGGGGAGGUACAUGAGGACGUAGAGGAGGACGAUAACGAGCUGGGAGCGUCCUGCUCGGAAAAGCGACUCUCGACAGAGUCCGGCUACGGCGCCUCUGACAAACUCCUGGACGCAAUGGAGAUAAGAGACCUCAGCCAAUCGGAAAUCCCCCCCGACCGCCUGUCCCUUCCUCCACAGCAAACGGAGGCUAAACUCGCCAAUCGGGACAGCGGCAUCGACAGCAUCAGCUCUCCGUCUCACAGCGAGGAGCUGUGCUUCGCCGGCGACGACAGAGAGGUGUGCAUGUCUCUUCCUCGCCUCUCCUCCUCUUCCUCGUGCGGUUGUGUGGACGGACCUGCGGGAGAAGGCGCCGUCGCUGCCGCGGAGGAAGGAACGAGGGACUCGGAGGGAGACAGCGAUUUGGAAGAAGGGAGCGGGGACGAGAGCGAGAACGCCAUGGCCAUACAGCCUCAGCCCAAAGCUGAGAGACAGGACUCUGUCGAGCUAUCGGUUCAGCAGCGUGUGUUUAACAUCGCCAACGAGCUCCUCCACACGGAGAAGGCCUACGUAUCCAGGCUUCACCUUCUGGACCAGGUGUUCUGCGGGCGGUUGAUGGAGGAGGCGCGAGCGCGAGGCUCUUUCCCAUGCGAGGUGGUGAUGGGUGUCUUCUCCAACAUCUGCUCUAUCUACUGCUUCCAUCAACAGUUCCUUCUGCCAGCGCUGGAGAAACGCAUGGAGGAGUGGGACGUGAACCCUCGGAUCGGGGACAUCCUUCAGAAACUGGCUCCCUUCCUGAAGAUGUACGGCGAAUACGUGAAGAACUUUGACACGGCCAUGGAGUUGGUGAACACCUGGAUGGAGCGCUCGUCGCAGUUUAAAGCCAUCGUUCAUGACAUUCAGAAAGAGGAGAUGUGCGGAAACCUCACCCUACAGCACCACAUGUUAGAGCCAGUACAGCGGAUCCCUCGGUACGAGCUCCUACUGAAGGACUACCUGCACCGGCUGCCUGAGGACGCUGAGGAUUUUAAAGAUGCUCAAAAAUCUCUCGAGCUGAUCGCUACAGCAGCCGAGCAUUCCAACGCGGCCAUUAGGAAAAUGGAGCGCAUGAGGAAGCUGUUGAAGGUGUACGAGCUGCUCGGGGGAGAAGAGGACAUCGUGAACCCGACUAAUGAGCUCAUUAAAGAGGGACAUAUCCUCAAACUGUCAGCCAAAAACGGAACCUCGCAGGACAGAUACCUCAUACUGUUCAACGACAGGCUGCUGUACUGUGUCCCUAAACUCAGACUGAUCGGACAGAAAUUUGGAGUGCGGGCGCGGAUUGACGUAGACGGCAUGGAGCUGAAAGAGACGAGCAGUAUGAACGUGCCGAGGACGUUCCUGGUUUCGGGAAAACAGCGCUCUCUCGAACUGCAGGCCAGGACUGAGGAAGAAAAGAAAGACUGGAUUCAGGCGAUCCAGGCCACUAUCCAAAGGCAUGAGCAGAGUGUGGAGACGUUCAGGAUGUUGAACUGUUCAGUGCGUGAGGACGACUGCACGCCCCCCAACUCUCCGAACUGCACAGAGCUGGGAAAGCGCGCUCCAACUCCCAUCCGGGAAAAAGAAGUGACACUGUGUAUGAAGUGCCAGGAGCCGUUCAACUCCAUUACCAAGAGACGCCACCACUGCAAGGCAUGCGGCCAUGUGGUAUGUGGAAAAUGUUCAGAAUUCCGUGCCCGGUUGUUGUACGAUAACAAUCGAGCGAAUCGUGUGUGUAUAGACUGUUACACGAUGCUGGUGGGAGUCCCGCCCUCUCCUGCAAGCUUGACCAAUAGUUCUCAUAGAAGACGCUCCAUUCUGGAGAAACAGGCCUCCGUGGCGGCAGAGAACAGUGUCCUCUGCAGCUUCCUGCACCACAUGGAGAAAAGCAGUGGCCGCGGCUGGCAGAAAGCCUGGUUUGUCGUCCCUGAAAACGAACCUCUGGUGCUUUACAUUUACGGUGCUCCACAGGAUGUGAAAGCCCAGCGAAGCAUCCCUCUCAUUGGCUUCGAAGUCUCUCUUCCCGAGUCAUGUGACCGUCUGGAGAGGCGCUACGCCUUCAAAAUGAGCCAGAGUCACCUGACUGUUUACUUCAGCGCCGAGGGUGAGGAGCUCCAACGCCGCUGGAUGGAGGUGCUCUCCAGAGCCGGGAGAGGGGAGGAGCUACAAGUACACGGUCCAAUCUCAGAGGCUCUGGAAGAAGAAGCGGAGGAACCGAGCUCUCUAGGAGAAAGCACAUGAUUGGUUUAUGAAAUCUCUCUCUUUUUAUUGCACACAUAAACUUUACCGCUGUGACGGGAAGGACAGUUCGCUGCCGUAAACACAGACACACACAGUUAGACGUGCACAUGCAAACGCACACACAUACACACACACACACACACACACGUUCACAACUUUUACACAAACCUGUUCUAAUUCAGACGUAAGUUGCAUGAAAUAUCUACAGCUAUGUUUCUCUGUGUAUUGCCCAUCCUCUGUGAGUGUGAUCGCCCUGCACAUGGUGCGUCAACGCUGUGUCAGUAUAGUCACCCCGCUUAAUAUCGUCUCUCCUCCUCUUCCUCGUCCUCGUCCUCCUCAGCUGAAGAGUUCUCUGUUAGAUAGAUCAUGAUCUGAUCUUUUUUGUUUUUUUUAAAAACAAAACAACAAACCAUUUCUGUGCUAUGUGACAUGACCGAUUUCUUGCCGGGGUUUCAGUGCUCGUGCUUGCAAACUUGUCAUUUUGGGAGAAGGCGAUGUGAUCAGGUGACUGAGUACAAAAAUAACAAAACAUGAACAGAGACAGAACAGCGAAGCCCGUAGUGCGGCGGACAACGUUUCGUCUAGAAGGUUUACAGUUUUACAAAGAGCGAUCCACUGGCGCAGGUUUACAGGAAUCAUAGCUAAAACGAAUUGUCUGGAAGGUGUGUCAUUUUCUCGUUACUAGUGUACAGGGUGUCCCAUAAAAACGUGACGGAAACUCAAGGGUUUAUUAUUUAUACAGAACCAAUCCGUUUGUGAUCGAUACAUAACGUCAUGAUUAGCGUAAAAAAUACGUACGAUCCCUAUGAUGCUAUGAACUCUUGGGACACCUUGUACACUAAUCUAUAAUAAAUAUACAGUGGAUAUAUUACGCUUUAUGUGGGUCAGUAUUUUAUUUUGAAAACAACAUUUUUAACUGUCUCAGAGAAUUACAAAAUACAAUUCUAUGUAUUGUAUCUUUGGAAACGGAAAACUUUAAAUACAAGAAAGUCUAGUAGACAAACAAAGAACGGAGUAUUGCUGCGAAAUCCAUUGAUUUUCAAACCAAUUAGCAAUCGAUCGUUUUUACAGGUUGAUUUUUUGUACAUUUUUAUCCAAAUAGUAGCACCAAAAAUAAUUUAUUUGUCAGGUAUCGACAUUGAACCAACUCUGAAUAAAAAGAAAAAAUAGAAAUAAGAAACCUCCCUUCUUCUUCUUCUUCUUCUUCUUCUUCUUCAUCUUCAUCAUCUUUUUCUUCAUCCCUAUUUUAGUUACUCUGACCCAUAUAUAGUACAGUAAUAUAUUCUGCCUAUAUACAUUUAUAAUAAUAGUAAUAAUAAUAAUAAUAAUAAUAUAAUACAUUUAUAAUAAUACAUGAAUUAUAGAAUAUUCCUUAAUUUAAUGACAAGAUUCAGGAAAAUUUCUUCAACAUCCUAUAUUCAGUAUUCUAACGAUGCAGUAAUACUGAAAUAACACAGAGGACUCGUAUCUCUGCUGAAAUUGGUCAGGUUGACAUUUAAUGCUGACUUCGCAUCUGUUUCUCCCAGACAAACCACCACCCCCCUUAGCCAUAAAGUUCUUAAACAGAGAAAACAGACAGCCUUCAGCAUCAGAUCGGGUCCAUUCUGACACUCUGUGGACAUUUAGUGCACUGCGUCCUUACAAUAUUCGGAUUAAUACAACGUAAAACAACCUCUGCUAAAAUGUCGGAUUAAUAAAACUGUCAGUCAGACAAUAGGGCUCGAAAUCAAAUCUAGUGCUGAUCAAAUUUCUAAUCUAAGCUGAAAAAAAGUGACUAUCGAUACGAUGUCUGUAGAGUAUGCAGUAGUGUUUGAUUAGAUUUCCAUACUGGGAGACUUUGUAGACUGAAAGAAAGAGUGAGAGAGAGAGAGAGAGAGAGAGAGAGUGAGUGUGAUGUCACGAAGCGGACGAAUUUUUAAUUAGUGAAAUUUCUCGAGUAUAAAUGUAAACAUGCGGUUUUUUUUAAUAUAUAUAUAUAUAUAAGAAAACAAAAGGUAUAUAUAAAUAAAACGUGACCGAGGUUUUGAUGAUAUUGCGCAUUUUGAACAGUGUUGUUUUUGUGUAUGGAAAAAAUAGUGGUAAAAGAUACAAAAUUGCGUCUGUAAAUAUAUAAUUUAUUGCUGAGAACCCAGUUUUGUGGGUCAGGUGUUAUCUCCGAGCUCGGUGUUGAAAUUCAUUACGUGCCAUUUUUGGAUCGACAUCAGAGCAUCCUGUGGAGAGUGUGUGUGACUCGUUGCUUUCUUUUUUCUGUUCUUUUUUUUUUUUUUUUGGCUCAAAAAAAAAAACUUAACAAAAAAAAAAAGAUAUGUCGUGUUUCGAACUUGUUUCAAAAUUGUGUUGUUGAUCUUGCUCUCUGUUUGAAAGAAAACGCUUUGCUUGAUGCAGGACAGUCAGACGCAUUUUAUAAGUCGGUGCCUUUUCAGUGUUGCCUGAUUGGGUCACACUGAAAGGCUUAACAAUGAUGUCAAACAAACAAAUGAAUAAAUAAGGAGUCACAACAGACUGUUAAAAUAUUUACCGUAUUUUCUGGACCAGAAGUCAUUCUUAAUUCCACUUAAAUAUGUAACUGUUCUAUUAUAAUUUUGCAUUAAACCUUCUAAAUUUUUUUUUUUUUACAAAUAAUAAAAAUACAAAUACCAACUGAAUCCUAGUCAAAUUGAACGCAAGGACGUUUAUAAUGAUAUAUAAAAUGAUAUAAUCUUGAAUAUGGAAAUGCAACUCGGACAUGGCGUAAUGCUUUCCGUCGGUGACGUGAGGACAAAUAAUGUGAGCUGUGUGUGUUUUAAAGGUGGGGUCUCCGAUUUUUGAAAGUCAAUGUUGACAUUUGAAAUCACCAAAACAAACACGCCCCUAACCCAGAUAGGCCCCACCCCUGUAUCGAUAGCUCCGCCCACACAUACAUACGCAACCCGGGCAAAUAAUGGAAAGAAAUGUGUCUAUCAUAGCUGAAGGGAAGAACAAUACGAUUGCAGAUAAACAAACAAGCAGAAAUGACACACAAGCAUAAUCAUGUAAAGGACAAAGGCAUAUAUUAGUUCUGUGUAACAAAGCAAAACCAACGUUACUCACCUAUCGAGAAGGAAAAAAGCGCCUCGGCGUCUUAAGUAAAGUUGGUCACAUAUUCACAGAUUGGAGUUUCCCCGAGUCAAUAACUCCUGAGCUAAACGCUGUUACUACACAAAACACGGUUGUAGCUGCGUCUCUACAUUAUUACGAUAGAAAAGAGGUGUUAUUUGUGUAGUAACACCGUUUAGCUCAGGAGUUAUUGACUCGGGAAACUCCAAUCUGUGAAUAUGCGCCAACUUCCUGCUCCUUCAGUUCUCUCCAGUGCUGGAAAGCUGAUCCUAUAUUAACACGUCCUACUUCUUACCUUAUCGUAAGCCUUUCUUCACUUUCUUUCUUUGUGUUUAUCCUCCAUGUCAAUGUUAAAACCGCUUUCUGCUAAUGUCACACAUGCGCACUGAACACUCUCUCCGUAGCAUAUUGACAAGCCCCGCCCCUUUCUGCUCAUUGGCUACACGUUUGUUUUGAAUUUUGUUUUAGAUUUUUUUUAUUAUUCAGCCCGACUCAGUUUUCUGAAGCAUUUCUCAAAAAUCGGAGACCCUGCCUUUAACAUCUAUCAUGUUUUAUGUACGUAAUAGUUUUGAACGGCUUGACGGUUCAAUGCUAGUGAAGAAACGGUGAGAAUCUAUAAAGCGAUGCUUCCUGGAAAGUGAAAGCUUUUAGGUUCUGUAACUAAUUCUCUGACUGGACAAUGAUUGCAUUUCAGUGUGGUGUGAGUGCAAUCGAUCUGCAGCUGAUUGUUCAAAUCAAGUGGGAAUUUGGAACGCAGUGUCGUUUCUCACGGACCGUGACAGCAACACGUAACAGAAGGCUAAACUACCUAAAGAUGACAUGACAGUAAUUGUGUAGAUGCAAAGCGACGUAAAAGCGACGCGGUGAAGGUUUAGCUACACACUGUACCGCACUUUCCUCAUGUUCGGAACGAAAAGCAAUACCUCAAUACUGUGUGUUACGUUCUAUAGAUAUUUCCGCUCAUACAUUUCAUUUUAGAGGUCCUGUGUAUGACUCUGGUAUGACUUGCUGUCCAGAAAAUACAGUAACGAUCUGAAAGAACGAGACUCUGCGUUUUCCUUCUCGGAACGUGUCUACGUGUGCGAGUUCAUACUUGAUAUUGAUCAUCUAGUCAUCCUCAGACCUGAGCCUGCCACUCGUUUACUCAUCCCACUCUUUCAUCUUCACUUAAACCCUCAUUCUUUCUGCCAUUCCUUCUUCCAUAUAUUUCCUUUUAUUACAUUUUGACUUUUUGUUGAAGAACACAAAAAACCGCUCUUUUGCCAAAGUAUACUACAGGAGAGAUGUAUAAUUGUGUGUUGUGUUUAACUGUGUUUUUUUUCUUUGUUUAUUCUUUUUUUACCACACGUAUUUAUUGUUUUUUUGGGGUUUUUUUUUAUACUAUUAUCUUGUCCUUGCUAUGAGAAAUGAACAGCAAGAACGAUUGUUUGCGGAGCAGAUUUUAAAGGACUACGAAACUUCUCAGAUCAGAUCCUGUAAAUCGAGGUGUCAGGAUGCAGAUUAGAUUUUGUAGCCUGCUUCAGAGGAAGACUUUUUUUUCCACAAAGGCAUUUCAACACGGCUGAACCGACUGCACGUUUAACGAGAAGGUUUGAGAAAAUCUCACGUUUUUGUCUGCUUUGGAAACGAGCAGUUCUUUCCAAAAUGGUGUCGGUGUGAUGCGGCUUUGCUGUGCUUACGUUUCCAUGAAGAACUUAGUGUAGGCAAAGUGUAUGAAGUUGCUCGUUAACACACCCGUACCUUUCUAGUCUUAAGGUUAUUCGUCAGCAUAAUUUUCAGAAGUGAAGAAUGAUGAGUUCAAUUGAAGGAGACGUUCAUUUGGAUGUUCUCCGGGUUCUGUUUUUCAUCUCUCCAAAUGAUUUCUGGCGUUUCAGACAACGUCCCAACAAAACGACUUUUAUCUCUAGACCACAUGGCUGUCUAAGUUUGUUAUGUGAAGGAUUAAUCGCCGGCAUCUCGCCUCCAGGAAUAGAAAUGUUUCGUUUGACUGGAUGUCACGUGGGUGUAAUAAGGUGCAGUUUCAUCAGCAAGGUCAGCUCCGAUCUCUGACAUCAUCACCGUCAUCAGACGUCAGAUAAAACGAUAUGCCUGUGUUGACUUGUUCAAAAAUAUAGCAAAUCUCUGGCAGCACUAACAUAUUUAGCGUUAUGCAAAACGAGUCAUUUAUGUUUUGUCCAAAUCACUACGUCGCAUACUUUCGUUUUUUUCCCUCCAUCAUGGAAUCUGUAUAAAUUUGCUGUACCCCUGAUGAGCAUUACUGUUAUUACAAGUACUAUUCUAAUUAUUAUCGUUAAUUAUAUUAGUGGCAGGCCACUGGGUACCAUUGUAUGUUGAUAACCCAAUGAAAAUCUGUGCAAGAUCAUGAAAAUGUUUAUGAAUUAAAGGAAUAAAAUAAGAA